CAGAGUUUUCUUGAUGUUUUGCUUAAAGCUGUACCAGAAAAAUGGAACUUUACCAACCCAAGGGAGCCCAAAAAAUACCAGAAAAACGUUACAAGAUUGACAGCUGAAGCAUUCUCCAUUGUGAUCAGCAAGCUACCUUCAGUAAUUGCAUGCCUGCCUCCCCCAGUGAAGUACUUCUACUCAUUCUCAGAGAGAAAAAUAUCAGAGCAGUACUCUGUAUGUAAGGAUACAGGUAUGGUUGUUUGGAACUUAAUUGGUAUUAUAUGUCAUAUAUUAGAAGAUGGAAAUGCCAUAGAACAAGCGACAGAUACCACAUUGUCUCGUUGGAGCAAUGAAAGGCUCUCUAAAGUGUGUCGAUGCUUAGAAAAGACCAUUGGAUUAAAGACCGGAGACCCCAAGGAUGAUCUACAGAGUGUAUUUAAAGACAUUGAAAGAUUCCGACCAAAGUGGAUUGAGGACCAGCUACGAAAAGCCAAAGUUCUAGGUUCAAUCAGUGACUUUGCGAUGCAAGAAGACAGUUCAGUAUUAAAAGACCAAGGCAGCAGGCUCGAUCUGACUGAGCAGAAAAUAAACAUGAUGGUCCUGGAUAUCUGCCACAAACCAGGUGGCAGCGAGUACCUGAGGCAAAUUCAUCACAUCAUCCAGCUCAAUGAGGAAUACCUGUAUGAUGCCUUCUCACCUGGACACUCCAAAAACAAUCCAACAAGCUCAAAGGCUUUUCAGUUGACCUUCACCAAUGAAGACCAGUUUCUAGCCUUUAACUCACUGGAAACAUUUUUGCUGCCUAUUGUGAAUGUGCUGAGUGAGCAGUCUGGCGCACUGGAGGAGAGCUGGGAAUGGUCCGAGUUGCUACCACACUGUUUGGGACUGAAUUCUGUGACCUUGGGAGACCUUCUGCUGCACAGGUGGGAGACCAAAGAUAUAGCAAGUCUUACAGAAGAGGAAAAGAACUUGAUGGAACAGUUGAAAGAGAUGAUACAGUGUGGACACAAGACUUCCUCAAAACCUUAACGAUGACCUUAACAUAUUCAAGAAACCUUUUACAAUGGACAAUUUGCCAGUUUGAUGGAUAUUUAAGGACAUAGUUACAAAUUUAAUAUGGUUGAAAAAAGAGACAAGUCCAUCAAGUUCCACCAAGGGAUGGUUGGGGAUGGGAAUUUUGGGAAAGGGGAGUGAGACAAAGAUUCCUACACAUUUUCAUAAGCAUUAAAGUUAUUUAAUUUAAGAAUUUAUGUAAGCCUUUUUUUAAAACCAUCCACUGUACCUGCUGUGACCACUUCCUGAGGUAAAUUAUACCACAGAUUAACAGUUCUUAUGGUAAAGAAGCCUUAACGACUCAGGAGACUGAACUUUUUCUUCUCCAGAUGGAAGCAGUACCCCCUUAUUUAUUGAGGAGAUUUUUACAUGAAACAGCUUUUCACCAUAUUCUUUGUAUGACCAAUUAAUAUAUUUGUACAAUUUAAUAAUGUCCCUUAAUGUUCCCCUUAGACGCCUCUUCUAUAACUAAAUAAAUAUAAUUAUUUUAAUCUUUCCUCAUAACUAAGACCCCCUCCCUUAACCCCUUUAUCAGUGUUAUUUGUACUUUUUCCAGCUCCAGGGCAUCUUUUCUAUGGACUGGUGCCCAGAACUGAAUUGCAUAUUCCAGAUGCGGAUGCCCAAAGGCUUUGUAAAGUGGUUAUUAUACAUCUCCCGCAACUCCAUGUCUAUUUUAAUACAUGAAAAUGUCCGCCUAGACUUAGAAGCAGCUGAUUGACAUUGCUUCUGUUACUUAACUAAGAAAACAUAUUUUUUUUUUUUUUUUUUAUUCUUUCUCUUGGGAAUUAUUUCAGUCAUGAUUUAUACACUUGGAAACCUACAUUUAGGUUACAGGGAUGGCAAUUACCCUGGGCCUCCACCAUCUGGGAGCCUUAAAGAGGUUGUCCCACAAAAAAUAUUUCACAGUUUUCAAACCAGCACCUGGAUCUGAAA